ACUCAGACCCUUGCACGCCUGAUGCUCCACCUGCUGCCACUUCACCACCAACCUCUGAAGACCAUGGACCUUUCACAGCUCCAGCAUCACCCUCCUCUUCCUCUGACACUGGUACUGCAUCGUUUUCACCACUGUUACCUGCAUGUGUUGCAGCUUUACAGCCCAAACCUCCUCCCAUUUCACCAUCAACGUCAGCUUCUGCUGCCACGGCUCACCCUGGACUCCCUUCUCUUCCUGCACCCACCACUUCUGCUCCAUCCCUUCACCCUGGACUCUAUUUGCCAGUAGUCCCACCUGGCAGUGCCACCCACCUUAUCAACUGGCUGCCCUUCCUCGCUUCCGCAACGCUGGCCACCAUUCAAGGGAAGGAGGAAGACCAGUCACCCAUAAGAACGGGCUCCCUGGAAGGCUUGAAGUACUGCAGCAGCACCCCGCCACACCCCUCCCAUGAUGGAAAUCCUCCGGCAGCACCUAUGGGAGACAGGGCUCGAGGGGCUGCCUCCCCACCGCCGGCUGCCCCCCACGCCGUGCCCCCGAGCUCUGAGCAGGCAUCGGCAAACGUGAGCGACAUCCUGGCAGAGCUGCGGACGAUGAACGGCCACCUCUCCGUCAUUGCCCGAGCUCUGACGCAGCUGGCGUCAUCGCUGGCGCCGCAGCAGGAUGCGCGUGGCACCCCACCUCCUUAG